CGGAAGGGGCGAGAGUGCUGUCGGCCGCAUUUGACCUGACAAUGGGCGGAGUGGAUGGGGAGAGAGUAGUUGUUGUCCCCGUCGUCCCUGAUCCCAGCGUCGUGAGAUGGAUAAGGCGAUUGUUCCACGCAUCGGAGCCGUCGACGACGACUACAAGCUGCCGCUAUGGGCCUCCAGCGUCGGUUUACGGGUCGAGGUGGUGGAGCGACUCGUUGCUGCCUACCGAGAUCUCCACUCGGUGCUCACGGAGGCUCAGGAGAGGGAGAUCCAGAACCCGGAGCUGGUUCGGCACCUCAGGGAAGAAGCCGAGCACAAGGCGGACCGUGCCGAGGACCUCCUCGGCGAGCUGGAGUACUACCGCAUCCAGGGCGAGGUGGAGCAAGACGAACACCACGACGACGACGACGACGACAGUAAGCUUGUGCAUGACAUUGGCGACGGAAACCCGCUUCUCUCGAAACCAGCAACGGACAUCCAGUUGUUCCACAAAACUGACAGAGAAGUUAGUAACACUUGUCAGUUACCGCAUCCUGAAGCAGCUGAGGAAGAUAUCUCACGUGCGAUAGAAGAACAAGUUGCGGAAUGUCACAGAAUAACAAGUAAUGUGCGCGAAGCCCUUAAGCUUGAAGAAGUGGAUGAGAAGUGCCUACAGAUAUACCGGAGCACAUCAUCAUGGACAGAUCCUCGGCAGAUGUCACCUUUCCCCACGGAACACAAAGUUCAUGGGAGGGAUCAAGACCGGAAAUGUAUAAUUAGCAAGUUAACAAGCGAGGAAUCGGCUGCGCGGAACCUCUCCGUCCUCGCCAUUGUUGGCAAUGGAGGCGUGGGGAAGACAACCCUAGCCAAAGUGGUGUACAAUGAUCCAGCAGUGAGGAAGCAUUUUGACAAGGCUCUGUGGCUUCAUGUUUCGGUCUAUUUCAAUGAAGCUAAGAUUACGCGUGAGCUGUUGGAGCUGUUGCGCCGCGAUAGGCACGAAGAUAUUAGCGACAUGAAGGAGCUUCAAAACAUUCUUGGAUAUGAGAUAAAGUCAAAACGUGUUCUUCUUGUUCUGGAUGACAUGUGGGAGGACAAUAGAAAGGAGAACUGGGAUGUGCUGCUCACACCACUGCGUACCAAUGAUGCCAAGGGAAACAUGGUCAUAAUCACAACAAGAAAAUCAUCUGUAGCAAGAAUGACAGGAGCAAGAUACAACAUCAACCUACAUGGUUUGAAGGAUGAAGAGUUUUGGCCUUUGUUCAAAGAAUGCGCCUUUGGGGACGAAAACCAUAAAGGGCAUGGGAAACUGCAGGAAAUAGGGCGAAAGAUAGCUGACAAGCUGAAGGGUUAUCCUUUGGCGGCAAAAAGUGUAGGCAAACUAUUGAGCAGGAAGCUGGACGAUGGGCACUGGACUAGAAUUUUGGAUAACAGUGAAUGGAAGGAGCAAAAAGGUCAUGAUGAUGUCAUACCAGCGUUGAAGAUCAGUUACAACUAUCUACCAAGGCACCUCCAGAAAUGCUUCUCGUACUGUUCCAUAUUUCCAAAGAAUCAGAGGUACCAUGUGCAGUGGUUAGUUAAUAUUUGGAUUGCCCAGGGUUUUAUACCUUUGGCCGACCAGCAUACACAAGCAGAGGAAACUGGAAGAAGAUAUCUGGCAGACUUGAUCGACUGGGGAUUUUUCCUAAGUGAACCUCCAAGACCAUCUUUACUCAUGCAUGAUUUAGUCCAUGAUUUGGCCCAGAUAGUUUCAUCCCAUGAAUCCUUCACCGUAGAAGAGUUGACGCCUCAUGUAGGUGAUUUCAACCUCAUUCGUCAUGUCACUGUAAUCACUGAGUCAGCAUAUUAUGGGCAGUUCAAUGGCACCGUCCUACUGAAUAACGAGUACUUCAUGCAAGAAUUCGCCAAGACCUUCUGCGCACUGCCAAAAAAGGACCUAAGAACGUUGAUGCUGUUUGGUGCACACGACUCGAGUUUUGCCAGCACAUUUCAUCAGGAGCUGGGUAAUGAGAUAAGAGCGGUUCGUGUACUGAACAUGGAAGUGGUAUAUCAUGACCUGAACAUGUUGAUACCCAAUAUCUCAGCAUUUAUAAACCUCCGGUAUCUCUGGCUACGCUCCUUUUACAGAGGCCUUAACUUGCAGCUGCCAGAAGCUAUAUGUAAGCUGUACCAGUUACAAGUCCUAGACAUUAAGGACUUCAAUUCCGAGACAGUUGUGCCGAAAGGCCUGCACAAACUGCGCAACUUGCGACAUUUUUUUGCAAGAGAGCAGCUGCACGCACAGAUAGCCAAUGUUGGAGAUCUGGUUUUCCUUCAGGAGCUUAUGGCGUUUCAUGUCAGAAAGGAGCAUGAGUUCAGCAUCGCACAGCUGGAAAAGUUGAAUGAGAUAAGAGGAUCAGUUAGCAUCUACAAUCUUGAGAACAUAGAAAGCAAGGAAGAUGCCAGCAAGGCUAGGCUCAGUGACAAACAAUACCUGACUAGUUUGCGGCUGUCAUGGGAUGGUAUGCCAACAUCCUUGCGCAAACUCAAGAUCAUAGAUGGCCUUGAGCCUCCCAUGUGCCUUGAGAAACUCCAUAUAGAAGGAUACAAUGGUUCUGCUCCGUCAUGGCUGGGUAGCACUGCUGUCUCUCUUACUUCCUUGAAGUCACUACAUCUUGAAAAAUGCCAAUUCUGGUCUACCCUUCCAUCCGUUGACGAGUUGCCACUCCUCCGAGAACUGCAUCUGAUUAAUAUGCGUCGCCUCGACAAGAUACCACUAGGCCGUGGUUUGAAGGUGCUAGAACUGAGUAACAUACCAAGCCUGAAGCGAUUUGUUGAGAUGGAAAGUGACCAGCCGUACGAGAACCUUGAAGUCAUUGAACUGAAGGAUUGCAACUAUCUAGAGAAAUUGCCGUUCCAGCUGUGCUCUUCUGGGACACGGACUGAGCAUCUGUUCCCUAAACUUCGCCGGGUUCAGAUACGCGACUGCAUCAAAACUAAGUUGCCUCCCUUUCCCAUUGCGGAUACCACAACCGAUAUAGAUGUAUGGAAUGCAUGUUUGGACUAUAUGUCAUUUCAACUUAGCCCUGCAGCAAAUGAUGAGAGUAGACUAUGCCUCGAAUUGGAGGGACAUAGAGUAGGCAAAAUGGAAAUUUUAGACGAAACAAUAUUGAGAUUCAGCAAACUGAAGGACCUGCAAGAACUGGAAAUUAGAAUGUUUCCAGAGGUGAGAUACCUGCCAUGGGAGGGACUCCAACAAAUGACAGCUUUGAAAAAAUUUAAAAUAGUCGAUUGCCUCAAACUGUUUUCAAGCAGUCCGAAACUUGUUCUGCCAGUGUCAGUUGAAGAGAUGGAGUUUGAUCGAUGUGAUAUUACAGGGAAACAACUAUCCAAUCUGAUGUCAAGCCUGCCAUUCCUUAAAAUGGUCAAGGUACAAUACUGCAAAGGCAUAAAAUGCUUAUCUGUGGGAAUGUUCGUUGAUGCACACAGCACAAUGGAAGAAGGUUUGUGGGAUAUCCCUCCAAGCAGUUUGGUCACCCUAGAGAAAUUAGAUAUAUCAUUGUCAGACAUCCAAUUUUGUAGCAAGAAUGGCCUCGGAGAGUUGGGCUCUCUUAAGGACAUUGUCAUAUGGAAGUGCCCUCUACUUCUCUCUUCCAUGGUUUCAGAAGCAGCAUCGAUGGUACCGGGUCCUAGCCUCCUCCCACCAUCACUUUUGAAGUUCGACAUUACUGACAUGGUAGAUGCGCUAUUGGCACGCUCGAAGUUAGCCUCUCUCGCUGAAUUAUGCAUUGGCACAAGUCGGCUUUUGAUUUCUCUCAAUGUGUGUUCGUGUACAGCAUUACAAAAGCUUAAAAUCGAAGAGUGUGACCAGUUACAAUCAAUUGAAGGUUUACAGAGCCUCACCUUGCUUGCCAAGCUGGAAAUUUCAAGUUGCUCAAAACUAACAUCAGUGCAACUGAAUCUCUGCACAUCGUUGGAGAAACUGAAUAUUGAUGGAUGUGAUGCAUUACGUACACUUGAAGGCUCAGGUUCUCUAAUCUCCCUGAAAGAAGUGCUGAUAUCAACAAAUCCAGUUCUAUCGUAUGUGGAGCUGCAUUCCUGCUGGGCGUUGGAGAAUCUCUGCAUUAGAAAGUGCCCUGCGCUGGCAACAUGGCAGGGUUUCAGGUCACUCACUGGUAUCAAGUCCUUGCAGGUUUCUGAAUCCCCUGGGUUCGUAUCGGCCUGGAAAUCAGCUGCGGAAGAGAUGAUGAGCGAGGGUCACUACAGUUUCUGGAUGCCACUUGAAUGCCUGGACAUUGAUGACAUCGACGUUCUUUCCAUGCCGAUAUGCAGACAGAUAACAUCUCUGGAGAGCUUAAAAAUCCGUGGUGUUCUUUACACUACUGCAGGGUCCGACAAAGUGGACAGCUUGUUGGAGCAUCACGAGCAGGCGCUGCAGCUCCUUACAUCCUUGAAGGAGCUGACAUUGUGGCAAUUUGAGCAUCUGGAGUCAUUACCCUCGAAGAUUCAUGGCUUGCAGUUACUACAAAGGCUGACUAUCUCUGAAUGCCCAUGUCUGGAGUCGUUACCUUCGAAGAUCCAUGCCUUGCCGUCGCUUCAAAGACUGACUAUCAAUGAAUGUCCAAGUCUGACUUCACUCCCGGAGGAAGGCCUGCCGCGUUCACUGAUGGAGAUGGACCUUAUUCGUGGCACGGUGGAGUUAGAUGCACUUUGCAGGAGUAUCUGGAAAGAUGCACACUUCCGUCUGUAUAUCAAUAAAGUUGAGCAUCUGGGCGCUCCCGCGCCUCACAGCGUAGAGGCGCAGCUAGAAUAGACUGAUCAAGGCAGGGGCACGACAGAGCUGCGUGCAACAAGCUUGGAACAUGUACGAGCGGCAUGCCAGGCGCCAAGCACCUGGUACUACAUAGUAUAUAUGACGCGGUGAGAGAUAUCAAGCAGGUUUCAUAUACAGAAGAAAAGGCACUCAGACUUGUGUUAGUUAUGCCACCGGUAAGAAGAACAGUAUGUGUAUCUAGUAGUUUACAUUUCAGUACUCAUGUUCAUGCAAAUUUUUAUACUGUCAAUCGGUGGUUUAUUUACCUCAUGCUAAUUAUUCAAAUUAUAAGUAUGUUUAGUAUACUCCACCAAA